UAUUUCUACCACUACUUCCAGGUAUUAUUUAGUUUCAUAAGCAUCCCGUCAAAAUUUCAAAAUGAAAAUAAAAGAUACAACAAAGUUGGUUUCACGGCUCCGAGAUGUAAUGAAUGCUGCAACGUAUACAGAUCAACCUCUCAAAGCAAUUAUUAUACCAUCAUCUGAUGCACAUCAGAGUGAAUACCUGGUUGAGUGUGAUUUACGCCGGGCAUUCAUUUCUGGAUUUACUGGUUCAGCGGGAACAGCUGUGGUGACCCAAAGUGAAGCUGCAUUGUGGACAGAUGGAAGAUACUUUUUGCAGGCAGAGCAACAGUUGGAUUCCAAUUGGACCUUGAUGAAAAUGGGCAUCCCUGAAACACCAAGCAUAGAAGAUUGGCUUUGUACUGUAUUACCAGCAUCUUCAUGUGUUGGAGUCAAUCCCCUUCUAUAUUCAUCAAGUUCAUGGAAUAAAAUGAAGAAUGCACUUGAAAAAGAAGGACACAAACUUUUGGAAACUAAACAAGAUCUGGUAGAUGAGGUGUGGACCAACAGACCUUCAUAUCCAUGCUCUGACCUCAUCAUAGUUGAUCAGAGCACAGCUGGAUCAACGUGUUUGGAAAAGAUAACAAACGUUCAACAGAUGAUGAAAGAUAAGGAAGUAAAAUGGACAGUAGUCACAGCACUUGAUGAAAUUGCAUGGCUGUUCAACUUAAGAGCAUCAGACAUUCAAUACAAUCCAGUGUUCUUAGCAUACGCUGUUGUUGGUUGUGAUAGUGUGCAUUUGUUCAUUAACCAAUCCCGGAUUACACCGGAGAUAUCAUCUCAUCUUACUAAAAGUGUGACCAUACAUAAUUAUGAUGAUGUUAUUCCUUUUCUUAUGGACAAUUGUGCAUCACAAAAAACUUGGCUCAGUUCCAACUCCAGUGAAGCAAUCGUAUCCAGCAUAUAUUCGAAAUACCGACACAUGUCUUCCAACAGUCCAAUCAGCAUGAUAAAAUGUUUCAAAAAUGAAUCCGAGAUCAAUGGAAUGAUUAAAGCGAAUAAUCAAGAUGCGGUUGCUCUUUGUAGAUUCUUUCACUGGAUGGAGCAAGAGGUACCAAAUGGUCAAGUCACUGAGUGUUCGGCUGCUCAAAAAUCAUUUGAAUUUCGACAACAAGAACAGGAUUUUGUUUCCCUCAGUUUUCAAACUAUUUCCAGUUCAGGAUCUACAGGUUCCAUCAUACACUACAGUCCAAAUCCAGAAAGUGAUCGUGUGGUUGAUGUGAAUGAAGUAUAUCUAUGUGACUCUGGUGGUCAGUACAGGUCCAGUUGGUAUGUACAUUGGAAAUAGUGAGAGAGUUGUUUCUGUUGCUGCUGAUGUUGAAUUGAAAGCUGGUCUUGUUAUUACAGAUGAACCUGGAUAUUAUGAAGAUGGAAAGUUUGGAAUUCGUAUAGAGAAUGCUCUUCUUUGUAAAAGUGCAGAAACACCGUAUCGGUUUGAUGGUAAGCAGUUCUUUAAAUUUGAAUCGCUUGCUUUGGUUCCAAUACAAGCAAAGAUGAUUGAGCUAUCACUUCUUACUGCAGAAGAGCUUGCAUGGUUGAAUAAUUACCAUAAGAAAUGCCGUGAUGUGAUUGGUUCUCAGCUGCAGAAAUCUGGUCACAACGAUGUAUAUGAUUGGUUGAUAGAACAAACCAAACCUAUGUAAUUUCUAUUGUGUUUCAUAGUGGUUAAGGCUAUGUUUAAUUGAAUUUGAUAUAUUUCAUUCAAAUAUUACAUUCCAAUGUUUUUCCUCGGCAUGCAUUUUCAUUUUGAUUCUAAAAACUCUUACAAUUAACGUAUUCUGAUGUAGUUUUUUUCCAGUAUGUGAGUUUUAAAACCAAUAUUACAAAUCCAUACUAUGCUGACUACGAUUUCAAAAGUUCGACUAUUAUGUGUUUUUAAUUUUGUUAUUGAGCUGUGAUAAAAGUAUUGCAAUACAGAAAUAUAGGAAUAAUCAUA